GAAUUGAUAAAUAAAUGCAUUUCGCUUUUUACAUAAAUUUAUUAUAUUAGAAUUUACAUAGUAUAAAUGAUAUAGUUUCAAUUUUUAAGAUAUUAGAAAAUAUAGAUUGGAAAUUUAAAUUGCCGCUAUUGUGUGUAUUUAAAUAUAAAUUCUAUUCAUAAAGUAUUUAAAUAUCACUUAUAAAUUAUAACUUUUUACAAUAAAGAAUAUACUACGUGAUUUCAUUAUAAAAAAUUCAUUUAUAAUGAUUAUCAAUAAAAAAAGAUCGCAAUACAAUCUUAAUAAAGUUCAAUAUCGCAAAUCACAAAUUUAUCACGUGCUAUCGUGAAUGUCCAAUGCUGUAUUCUGAUUACUGUUAAUCGAUGCUAUAUAACUAAUACCACCUUGUAUCUUUAUAUUCAACACGAGUUCCGUUGUUCAUAUACAAUUCUUCGUUUAUUUAAGGUUACAAAUUUAUAAAUACUAUUUAAAAAUUGCUUACAAAUGAUGGAGAAAAUACUAGUUGAACCCCGAGAUGGAUCUGUGGUGUCAUGUUUGUCUAACCUUCUCCAAACGAGUGCUGAACAAGCAUUUGCAAAUAGUGAUACGUUCAAGGUUGGAUUAUCAGGAGGAUCUUUAAUAUUAUUAUUGGCUCAAAGUUUACCUAAUAUUAAAACUGAUUGGAGUAGAUAACUUUUUUUUUGUGAUGAAAGAGUUGUUCCUUUUGAUAGCAAUGAUUCCACUUAUGGAGAAUAUAAAUCAAACUUGAUUGGAAAAAUACCAAUAACUGAAGAUCAAUUUAUAAAAAUUAAUCCUGAUCUAUCUGCUGAAGAUGCUGCAAAAGAUUAUAUUAAGAAGAUGUCCGUUUUUUUCCCUCCUGAUCGUGUUCCAUGUUUUGAUGUACUUCUUUUGGGAUUGGGUCCAGAUGGACAUAUAUGUUCUCUUUUUCCUGGUCAUAAACUUUUGAAUGAAGCCAGUUUAUGGGUCUGUCCUAUAAAUGAUUCUCCUAAGCCACCACCAUCUCGUAUUACUCUUACUCUUCCUGUGAUAAAUAAUGCAAAAAAAUGCAUAUUUGCUGUUACCGGAUCUAGCAAAGCAGAAAUUAUUAAGCGAAUUUUGCAAGACAAAGAAAAUUUGCCAGCUGCUCGUGUACAACCACACAAUGGAGAAUUAUAUUGGAUCUUAGAUGAAGCUGCUGCAAAAUUCUUAGGAACAGCCUAAACAAGAUAUUCAAUGAAAUUAACUUACAUUCCA